UUCUAGUAUAAAAUAGGGUAUUUCAUCAACACAUUAUUUUUAUGAAUGAAAUAUUUUCCCUAAACCUAUCUUGCAUUCCAAGAAACCCGAAUUAUCGUAACUUUGUUGCUGAGUGGAGAACGUCCACAACUCAACAAAACCCGUGAUCUUCCUCCGAGAUUGUCGACAGGUUGAUUGCUAGUUCCCACGAGAAGGAAGAUAACUAAUUGUUACGGAGCACGUCUGUAACAGAUUUCCCUUUUUCAAAAUAUAUUUAUUCUAUAAGUAAUUUAUUCACUACAAAAUUCAUAAUUUGAGCACAUAAUCCAUAAAGUAACACAAUAAAAUGAUAAAUUAUAGUAUUUGACUAGAUAAUUAUGAUUGAAAAGAAGAAAACAGUUGAGGAGGACCAAAAAGUGUGUAUAUAGGAAAUUUUAGAGGCUUUAACUUAUUUCCACAUAAUCCAUGAAAAUUUAUGGAAAUAAUAAUUUGUAAGUUCAUUUCUUCUUCUUGAAUUUUCUUUUAAAAAUUUAAUGAUAUAAGCAUUUAUAUUUUACGAUUCUUUAUAUUUACUUUAUAUAAUUUGAGAAUAUAUAGAUUAAAGAGCUAUAAAAUGUAUGUGUAAUAUAAUUAAUACAUAUUACUUGACAUUAAAAUAUUGGGGUUAAAGUUUUUAUUGUUUAACUUGACAUUAAAAUGUUGGGGUUAAAGUUUUUAUGCUAAGUUAGAGUGUUAGUUGUUCAAGUUCAAAAUAGUUCAUUCAUGCAAUAUUUAUCCUCUUUAAAUAUUUAUGUGGUGUUGUUUUCCCUAUCACAUCAUCAAAAAAUCUGAUAUUGAAUUUGUUAAGUUAUAUGUUAGGGAUUUGGGCAUGAUUUCUCUGCGCAGAUUUAUUUGUUUGGGGUUCUUUAUGGCUGAAACAACGAAUUUUGGAUAUAUAUUGAAUUCUUUUAAUUUAAGUGUGAACUUUGUAAAUGGGAGAUGGACUUAAUGUUUAUUUUUAAAUUUGGACCCUUUUUAUUCUAGGUGGGCCGAUUUUAGGAUCAGUGUUGGGCCCUCUAAAUUUUGUGUAACCUUUGACUUAAUCUGGCUCACGUUACUAUUUUUUAUUGGUAUUAAAAAGAUUCAUUCCCUUAUAAUUAAAUUUUUGGUUUUCAUUGAAUAAUUAAUCCAGUGCUUAAAUUAUUUAUGUUUGGAUUUAAUAUUUGAAUUUAAUAAGAUUAAUAUAUGUGUAGAAAAUGGAAAUCGCUCGUUAUUUGCUGUUGUUUCUUAUGUGGGCACUUGCGCUAACAACUCAAGUGUAUGGUGUUCGCGACCGAAACAUUACUCUUCUAGAGAGUGCUGUUGCUAAGGGCGCUGUGUGUCUAGAUGGAACACCACCUGCAUAUAUUUAUUCAAAGGGAUAUGGAGAGGGUGCUAACAACUGGAUUGUUUAUAUCCAGGGUGGUGGGUGGUGCAUCUCGUUGGAAGAUUGUCACAACAGAUCAAUGAGUUCUUUGGGAAGUAGUACGAGGAUGAUGGCUGUAUAUCCUCUUUACCCACCCAAAAUGGAUGGGAUGCUCGACGACAAUGCUACAUAUAAUCCACUCUUCUAUAACUGGAAUAUUUUCUACGUUUUAUACUGUGAUGGAUCUUCCUUCAUGUCAAAUAUUGAUCAAGAAAUAAAUUUCAAGGGCAAGGUGAUUUAUUUUAGGGGCGUUCGGAUUUACGAUGCUAUGAUGGACGAUCUAUUUCUAAAUAAGGGAAUAGCCAAUGCUAAAAACGUUAUAUUAACUGGUACCUCGGCUGGUGGUCUAACCACAAUCUUGCAUUGUGACAACUUUAGGACCCACUUCUCCCAAAGCACAACAGUUAAAUGUAUUUCUGAUUCUGGUUUUUUUAUACAUGGGGAGGGGUCGAUUGGAGCUGAUUGGAGGGAAGAACGAUACUUUAAUGUGGUUUCUACACAUGGGUUAGCUAACUUGCUCCCUACAUCUUGUACAACAAGAAUGAAUCCAGCAUUGUGUCUAUUCCCGGAAUACUUGAUCAACGAUGUCCAAACUCCCCUAUUUUUAGUUGAAUCGGCUUUUGACCUGUGGCAGAUUCAAAAUUUGAUACCGCCCGAUACUUUAGCUGGAUGGGAUAUUUGCGACCAUGACACUACCACCAUAGUAUCCCAAUGUAAUUGGACACAGUACAGCCUUAUGAAAGAUUUUCGAGCCACUUUCAUACAGACAUUAAAGAGUCUUGACAACUCUUCAAGCAUAGGGUAUUUCGUACACAGUUGCUAUGCCCAUGGCCAUGUCUUAGACAAAAAAACUUGGACUUGUUCAUCAUUGGCGGGGCAUAACGUACUUGCAAAUAAAGGUAUUGGACAAGCAGUCGGAGAUUGGUACUUCAACCAUAGUAGUUUUCAAGAGAUAGACAUGCAGAAUGACCUCCCAAGAAAUUGCGAUGUUAUCUUGAGUCAACUGCUUUCAACCAGUAGUGUAUGGAUGUUCUCCAGCAUUCGUAGUCACAAAUUUCUCCAACAUUUACUUCUAUUAAUUAUAGCUUAUAUCUAGACCAGUUUCCUUUUCUCUUUAUAGUUUGUUAAGCUUGUCGGAUGCUCUUGUAUUGGAAACAAAAUAUGCACAGUG